GCCGGGAACAGCCACAGGCGGCUCGCUCGGCUCCGGGAAUCGAACCCGCGACACGGACGUGCCCUCUCGGACGCUUGAAUGGAGGCGGACGGCUUCGUGUCCCGGCGACCGUCCGUGGAAGCACCGGGCGGCGAAGGCUCCGCGGCCGGGGCGGAGAUCCGGUGGCUCGGCGGCCGGCUCCUGGACGCCCGGCUCCGUGACGCCACCGGAGGGAUGCUCGGCUCUCUGUCACCCAGGAGGCCCGGGGAACAGGACUUUACCCCCGGGUUGCAUCGAGCACCGCCGGCGGACAGCCCGACCUCUGCGGAGCCGGAGCCGGACUACGAAGGGCUUCCUCCGGGGGAAGCCACCAGCACCCACAUGCUGGCCGGAGCCGUGGCCGGGGUCAUGGAGCACUGCCUCAUGUACCCCAUCGACUGCGUCAAGACUCGUAUGCAGAGUCUGCACCCGGAGCCCGGAGCGCGCUACAGGAACGUGAUGGACGCCCUGCGGCAGAUCGUGCGCACCGAGGGGGUGUGGCGGCCGAUCAGGGGCGUGAACGUGCUGGCGGUCGGCGCCGGGCCCGCCCACGCGCUCUACUUCGCCUGCUACGAGAAGAUCAAGUUCUCACUCAGUGGCGCUAUCCACCCCGGAGCUAACAGCCACUUUGCUAACGGAGUCGCCGGCUGCAUGGCCACGGUGCUGCACGACGCCCUGAUGAACCCGGCUGAAGUUGUGAAGCAGCGAAUGCAGAUGUUCAACUCUCCGUACCGCCGAGUGCUGGACUGCAUGGGCUCGCUGCUGCGGCGCGAGGGCCCGGCUGCUUUCUACCGGAGCUACACCACCCAGCUGACCAUGAACGUGCCCUUCCAGGCGCUCCACUUCAUGACCUACGAGUACCUCCAGGAGCUGCUCAACCCCCACAGACAAUACAACCCCUCCUCCCACGUGGUGUCCGGGGCGCUGGCCGGAGCUCUGGCGGCCGCAGUCACGACUCCCCUCGACGUGUGCAAGACCCUCCUCAACACACAGGAGGCGCAGGCCAUCCACGUGAUCCAGGCCGAGGCCGCGACGGCAGCCGGAGCGGUCGGAGCCGCCGCCACGGCCCCGGUCAGCCGGCACAUCUCCGGUCUGGGCGAGGCCUUUCGGACAGUGUACAGGACGGGAGGCGUGCCGGCGUUCUUCAAGGGCGUCCAGGCUCGGAUCAUCUACCAGAUGCCCUCCACGGCCAUCAGCUGGUCCGUGUACGAGUUCUUCAAGUACAUCAUCACCAAGCGGCAGCACGAGCGGCGGCUGCGCGGAGACCGGGACGGAGACAAAUAGAGACGUCUCAUCUACGAAGCUCUGAAGAAGACAAACCUGAACUUUAGAUUCUUUGAGAAAAUCCUCAACUUUUUGAAUUGUUUACUGAGAUCAGCGGAGUGCAGUCCUGUCUCUGAGGUCGUAAAGUCAAUGUGGGGUUUUAAAAAAACAUCCGUUGAUGAUCAUCCAGAAGAAGAAGGCUUUGGAACUGCAGACAGGAAGUGGUUCCGUGAACCCGCCCCCCCCGUUAACAUCACAUUACAUUCACAAAGCAAAGAACUCAUGGAUGGUAACCGUCAAAGUAAAGUUCAGUUUGUCCCUUUGAAAAAAAGAGAUAUUAACUCCUUACUUCCUGUUGACCACCUACAAUGCAGUUUUGUGUUAUAUUGGGAUUUGUGUUUGGAUUCUGUUCUGAAGACGAGUUAAAAAAUCUGGAGGCUAAAGUUCUGAUUCAGCUUUAAUGUUUAAUAUGAUGCUGUUAAUGUUCACUUCAAAUGAACAGGGUUUAAAUUGCAGCCUCGGCUCUUUACCUUUGUUUUGAGGACAGAACAAAAAUGUGUCCCUGUCCAAAUAUUUCAGAACUGCACUGUAAAGAGGGUUACCAGUAAGUAUUCAAACCAUGUUACCUUCUGCCCACAGGGGGCGCACCGCUCAGCCACAAUGGAAAAACUUAAAAAAUGUUUAAUACCAUUAGUUUUGAAGGAAAUGAAAAGUAUUUCUUUCCCGUGGAACACACAUAAACUUAGAGUUAACUCAUAAUAAUCUUAUCUUUUCCUCGGGUCUCUUCAGAUUCAAUAACUUUAUUUAUCAUGCAGCUUCUCAUGCAGAAGGAAACAUUCUAAGUCAAACGCAACAAAUGUACACCGACGCAACACAAGUGCUUUUAAAAUUCACGCACAUCUGCACGGCGACCUGGUGAAGGUCACGUUUACAUUACAGUAGAGAUUUUAUUUCUUUAUUCAGACCGUGUCACAUAUUCAGUGCAGCAGAAUUAUGCAAUAUCGUUAGAAAUAGAUCCUCGGUGAACAACCUGUCAACAACCUGGGAAUGUUCGGAUAAAAUGCCGAACUGGUAAAUAGUGUGACGAACUAAAGAUCAUUUCAUUCGCACAACAAUAUUUUAAUGUCGUUUUCAUUGCACAGCAUCGAAGCACUUAAUAACGUCGUCAUUGUCAGAACAAGAAAACAACUAACACAAGUAUGGAGAAUAAGGAAUCUCCUUCUACACAUGCCUUCUUUCAGCCGCCGUACAUUCAGCGCACAACUGCUACAAGAAAAUCCUCAUAUAGAAAUAAUAAUGUGUUUUUGAAGCCAUAAAUCAGGAUAAAAUGUACCUAAUAUAUAUAAAAGUAUACACAUGGGUAAAUAGAGAUGAACCCAAAGACUCUAACCCGCUAAGUUUUAGAUUCAACUUGUGUAACUUAUUCAAAUAUGAAGCUACAAGUUUUUUCCGGACUGCUAUAGGGGGAGGGGUUUAAAAAAAUAAAGUGAUAAGAGUAUUUUAAAAUGAUUGUAGGGAUUGUGUUCCUCGUGUGAAGCCGGGUUUCAACGUCGGGGAAACCACAGACUGAGGGGAAGAGGGAGAACAGGGGAGGAACCGGUGGUUUGUCGGACGACAACGCUAAUGUGAAAAGCUUGAACUCUGUGUGAAAGCAACACCUGUAUUUUGUGAAUUGUAAAUAAACUCGCUAAGGCAGCUCCUCGCAGAAGCAGGGUCUUCUCUUGGUGCUGGCUCUCCAAGCGCUGAGAGGAUUUCAA